GAAUGAGGACCUUCGUUGAUUUUAUGGAAAAAUAUAAAGUUGUUUGUGCUAAUGUAAUUCUUGAAAAUACUUUUACAAAUGGAACUUUAUAUUUGGGAGAUUUUUAUGCAGCAUUGGAUAAAAAGUGGUAACUCAAACAUCAAAUUGUUGCAGUAUUGACUGUUGCUAAGGAUUUAAAUAUUGAACCAGGACAAGGGAUAAUACAUAAAGUUGUUGAUGCUAUUGAUGAUCCAUCUUAUGAUUUAUCUUAACAUUUUAAUGAAUGUUAUGAAUUUAUGUCAAUAUGGUUAAAAAGAGGACCUAUUUUAGUUCAUUGUGCUGCUGGAGUAUCUAGAUCUGCAGCCAUAGUUAUUUAUUAUAUUAUGAGAUCAUUAAAAUGGACUUUUGCAAAAUCCUUUCAACAUGUUAAGACUAAAAGAUCUGUUAUCUGUCCAAAUGAAGGAUUUAUAAAAUAACUUAAAUAACAUGAAAAGUUGUUAGGUUUAGUCAUUUUUAGAGAAAGUACUUUAGAAGAAGAAUAAUAAAGAAAAACUGAAUCAAAGCCCACUAAAGGAGUUAUUAGAGGAAGAUCUGUUGUCAUAAGAACUUAAAAAUAGCCAAUGACUCGUUUUAGAUGA